UUUUUAUUAGUCUGAAGCUAGCACUAGUGAGAACUCAAGAGGGAGGGUGGAACUUUGCCUCUCAUCUCUGAAUUAAGCUUUUUUGUGUGUAUGUGUUUAACAGGUAAAAGAAAGUCAAGCCGUGAUGGAUAUCUAUGACCCCCAGACCUUGGGAGUUAUGGUGUUUGGUGGAUUCAUGGUCAUUUCAGCCAUUGGAAUCUUCCUGGUAUCUACCUUCUCCAUGAAGGAGACAUCCUAUGAAGAAGCCCUAGCUAAUCAGCGUAAGGAAAUGGCAAAAACUCACCAUCAGAAAGUGGAAAAGAAAAAGAAGGAAAAAUCUGUGGAGAAGAAGGGACGGGCGAAGAAAAAGGAAGAAAAACCCAAUGGGAAAAUACCUGAACCAGAAUUGCUUCCUAGUGUCACUGUCAUCUCCAGAGACCCAGUACCUGAGAGAGGUGUGGUGUUGGCUCCUAUUGUGGUAGAAACUAUCAAACCUUCUAAAUCUCCAGUUGCAUCAGCAGCACCACCACCAAAAGCAGCAGUGCAACCAACCAAAGGGGCAACAACAGCAUCACCAUCAUCAUCAUCAAAAGGAGCAGCAGGAGGAAUAUCUCCACCAGCAAAAGGAGGAGCAGCAGUGCAACCAACAAAAGGAGGAACAGCACAAUCAACCAAAGGAGCAGCAGCAUCACCACCACCAUCAACAAAAGGGGCAGCUGGAGGAACACCUCCACUCACUAAAGGAGGAGCCCCAGCACAACCAACUAAAGGAGGAGCCCCAGCACAACCAACUAAAGGGGGAGCCCCGGCACAACCAACUAAAGGGGGAGCCCCGGCACAACCAACUAAAGGAGGAGCCCCGGCACAACCAACUAAAGGGGGAGCCCCGGCGCAGCCAACUAAAGGGGGGGCCCCGGCGCAACCAACUAAAGGGGGAGCCCCGGCGCAGCCAACUAAAGGGGGGGUCCAAGGGCAGCCAUCUAAAGGGGGAGCCCCGGCGCAGCCAACUAAAGGGGGAGCCCCAGCGCAGCCAACUAAAGGGGGAGCCCCAGCGCAACCAACUAAAGGGGGGGCCCCGGCGCAGCCAACAAAAGGGGGGGCCCCGGCGCAGCCAACAAAAGGUGUAACGGCAUCGCCACCACCAUCAACAAAGGGGGCAGCAGGAGGAACACCUCCACCAACUAAAGGAGGGGCAGUAGCUGCACAACUGACCAAAGGAGCAAUAGCAGCGCAGUCAGGCAAAGUGGUGCCACCACAGACAAAAGGAGCAGCUGCACAGUCAGGGAAAGCUGCAUGUGUGACAGUGGCAUCCGCAUCCCCAGUAGAACAAGGGGCAGCAGCACCAUUAGGGAAGCGGGCGGCACGGGCAGCUCGGGCGGCGGCACAGGCAGCAGCAGCAGCCGCAGGAGCACAGACAGCACCAGUGGCACCAGCAGGGCAGGGGGCAGAACCAGAAGCACCAUUAGGGAAGCGGGCGGCUCGGGCAGCUCGGGCAGUGGCGGCGGCACAGGCAGCAGCAGCACAGGCAGCAGCGGCACAGGCAGUACCAGUGGCACCAGCAUCACCAGGAGGGCAGGGGGCAAUAGCAGAAGCACCACUGGGAAAGCGGGCGGCUCGGGCGGCUCGGGCAGCAGCAGCUGCAGCACAGGCAACAGCAGCAGAAGCAGUACCAGUGGCACCAGCAUCAACAGUAGGGCAAGGGGUAGCAACAGCGGCACCACUGGGAAAGCGGGCAGCCCGGGCAGCUCGGGCAGCAGCAGCGCAGGCAGAGACAGCAGUACAGAUAGUGCCAGUGGCACCAGCAGCACCAGUAGGGCAGGGGGCAGCAGCACCAGUGGUUUCUGGGGGACGGGCGGCAGCUCGGGCAGCUCGAGCGGCAGCAGCACAGGCUGCGGCGGUAGCUCAGACAGUGCCCAUGGUGGCAGCAUCACCAGUAGGGCAGGGAGCAGCCUCAGGGGGGCGAGCGGCAGCACGGCAGGCUCGAGCUGCUUCAGCACAGGCAGCAGCAGUGCAGGCAGUACCAGUGGCAGCAGUACAGGUAGCACCUGUAGCAGCUGUGGUAGCAAAUGCCUCUGCACCCCUGCAAGGACAGCCUGCUUCAUCCCCUAAGGAAAAGAGAAAGAAGGAAAAGAAGGUGGCAAAAGUGGAACCAGCACCCAGCCCUGUGGUGAGUUCCAUGCAUGUCCUUUCCUCAAAAUCAUCAGUGCUUGAAGCUGCUCCCAAAGAAGUCCCUGUGGUUGCUGUUCCUCCUGUUGGUACAAAGGCCAGUACCCCCGUUACCAGCCUAACCCAUGGAAAAAAGGCCGACAUUGUCAACCAUGAAGAGCCAAAGCAUGAAGCUCCAUCAAAGAGGAAAUCUUCCAAGAAAAAGAGUGAGCCAACUCCAACAGAUUCUGAUGGCCCCCUCUAUCUCCCCUACAAGACUCUGGUGUCUACCCUCCAAAGUACGGUUUUCAAUGAAGGGGAAGCCCAUUGUCUCAUCGAAAUCUUAUCAGAGAAAGCUGGCGUGGUUCAGGAUACCUGGCAUAAGGCUACUCAAAAAGGGGAUCCAGUGGCAGUUUUGAAGCGACAACUGGAAGAGAAGGAAAAGCUGCUGGCUACUGAACAACAGGAUGCUGCUGCUGCCAAAAAUAGACUGAGGGAACUUAAUAAGGAGCUUGCCUCCGAGAAGUCAAAGGCAGCCGCUGGGGAAGCCAACGUGAAAAAACAGCUCUUGGCCAGGGAGCAGGAGAUCGUGGCUGUGCAAGCCCGCAUGAAAGCUAGUUACCGGGACCACGUGAAUGAAGUGCAGCAGCUGCAGGGGAAGAUUCGAAGUCUUCAAGAGCAGUUGGAGAAUGGACCAAAUACUCAGUUGGCUCGUUUACAGCAAGAGAACUCAAUUCUGAGAGAUGCUUUGAACCAAGCAACAAGUCAGACUGAGAGCAAGCAGAACACAGAACUUGCUAAGCUGAGGCAAGAGUGCAGUAAGCUCACAAAAGAAGUGGCUGAAAAGUCUGAAGCUGUGCAGCAGGAGGAACAGCAGAAGAAGAGCCUAGAGAUCAAAGCUGCAACCUUGGAAAAACAGGUCCAGCAGCUACAGGUUUCUCAAAAAGAAAAAGAAGACUCCCUCCAGAAGAGGCUGGAUGAAGUGAGCGGAGAGCUUCGUAAAUCACAAUCCAGCAACAAAAACCUUUUGGCAGACUUGGAGAAAGCAAAAGGAGAUAGGCAGAAUAUUGCUGAACUGCGUACCAAAUUACAGUCCUCAGAAACAGAGGUGAAAAGCAAGUCUGAAGAGUUGAAUAAACUCAAAGGAAAACUGUCAGAGUCCAGUUCAGAAAAUGCACAGCUAACAGAAAGAAUUAAAUCCAUCGAGGCUCUCCUGGAAGCUGGCCAGGUCAAAGAAGCUAAAGAUGCCCAGGCUAGCCAAGCAGAAGUGGACCAGUUACAAGCAAGGCUUAAAGAGCGAGAAGCCCGGGUAACAUCUUUGGAAAAGGAAGCUAUGGAGCUAAAGGAGGCUGUUGAGCAGCAGAAACUAAAAAAUAAUGACCUCCGAGAGAAAAACUGGAGAGCAAUGGAAGCUUUGGCAUCCGCUGAGAAAGGAUGUGAAGAGAAAUUGAGUUCUUUAACCAAAGCAAAGGAAGAAGCAGAGAAGCAAUUCAGUAUCACCCAGACAAAAACAAAAGAAACUCUUCUCUCCCUCUUCCCAGAUAUUUCAAUAGCCGCCACACAGCAGAGUUAUGAUGGGUGGUUAGAAGAAUUCAAAGUGAAGAGGAUGGAAGCUGUAAAGCAGAAAGCACCUGAAGGAGUAUCUUUGGACUUAGCUUCCAAGUUAAAAGAAGCCGAGGAAGCCCAAAGCACUUUACAGUCAGAAUGUGAUCAGUACCGAAACAUACUCGCAGAAACGGAAGGCAUGUUGAAAGAUCUUCAGAAGAGUGUGGAAGAGGAAGAGCAGGUAUGGAAAGCCAAACUCACAGUAUCAGAAGAAGAACUACAAAAGUCACAAAUUAAAGUGAAACAUCUUGAAGAAACCAUGGAGAAGUUAAAAGGAGACUUACAGAAUACAGCUCAGGUCAAAGAAUAUGCAGCUCUCUUGGAGGCACGGCUAGAAGAGCACAUGUCGACGUCUAGUGCAGAAUGUCAGAAGUACACGAAAGAGGUAGAGUCGCUGAGGGACCUUUUAACGGAAGCCCGAGAGCAGAUGGACGCAGCCAACAGUGAAGCACAGAAGCAGAGCAAGGAACUCGCCCUGGUCAGGCAGCAGUUGAGUGAAAUGAAGAACCAUGUACAGGAUGGUGAAGUUGUUGGGUCGCAGGCUGACCUAACUGAGCAGGAGCCUCUGGAGGUUAGGGCGCUGAAAACGCAGCUGGAGCGGACAGAAACCGUCCUAGAGAAAGAGCAGGUCCAGCGGCAGAAGCUCACAGCAGAGUUCGAGGAGGCCCAGAAUUCAGUGUGUAGUUUACAAGCAGAGUUGGAGAAGCUUCGAGCAUCUACCGGCCUAGAGUCUUCAGAAACAGAGGAGGCUGUUCAUUUGAAGGAAAGGCUGGAGAAAGAAAAGAAGCUGACGAAAAGCUUGGGGCAAGCUGCUACCAAGCUCCAGGGGCUUCUGAAGGCGGCCCAGGAGCAGCUCGCCAAGGAGAGAGACACGGUAAAGAAGCUGCAGGACAAGCUUGAGAAAACGGAGGAGGCCGGCAGUACGAAGGAAGGGACGUCGGUGUGAAGCGCCUCCGGGAUGGACGUCCCUUACUCAACUUUACCAAAAUGCCUUACACAUUCCUUACAAACAAAGCAAGCAGAACCAGUACACCUGCUCCACGUCCUGUAGCUAUGAGACAGAAGCCAUUAGUGACCCGGAACCUCGUAGAUUCACAAGCGACCCAGUACAGGCGCCGCCUUGGUCCAGGAGUCCUCGUGACGUUUUCUGACGCGGCGCCUGCCGGGCGCGCCGGGCUGCCGGGAAGCGGACUCCAGGCUUGGGGACUCUUCUGGAGGAGCAGCCCCCACGCGUGUGUGCGGGCCGGGGACAACGUCUGUGUGUCUGUGUCGAUCAGUGCAAUGGUGGGGGGCGGGGGGGCUGCUCCUGCAGAGUCGUGGAGAACGGGGAGACCCGCAGGGGAGGGCGUGGGCCGAGCGGACGCCAGCCAGGCCCGGCGGUGAAUUUCUGGGUGUUACUGCUAUUAAAACCAAUGUUGUAGCCA